AUGGCCGAGGGUAGCAGACACGCGCAUCAGCGCGGACGACAAGUGCGGUGCCGACGUCCAUUCUGUGUCUCGGGACACCGAUGGUGGCGGCCAGCACAAGUCGGACGAACCCGGGAGCAGCAGCACUUCGAGUAUGAUAACGCGGCGGUCGAGCGGGUCUACAAGAAGCUCGAUCUUCGAAUCAUUCCAGCAUUCUGGAUUCUUUACUUUCUUUGUUCUGCCAUCCGAUCCAACAUCGGAAUCUCUCAGACCAUGAACAAGGAUGUUGGCCAUGACCUCAUCACCGUCCUCGGCAUGACUCCCGCCGACGUGUCCCAGACCCUGUCGCUCUUUUACGUCUCGUACAUCAUCUUUGAUUUUCCUAGUAACUUGAUCAUGAGCAAGGUUGGGCCUCGCGCCUGGAUGGCUAGGAUCGUCAUUGCCACCGGAAUCGUUGGGUCGUGCUUUGCUGCGGUUCAGAAGCCGUGGAGCGCCAAGCUACUCCGCUUCCUUCUCGGCGCCGUCAUUGCGGGAAUGUGGCCCGGCAUGUCCCUCUACCUCACCCACUUCUAUCCUCCCUCGAGGACCGGCAAGAGGAUCGGCAUGUACUUCACCGCCGCCCAAGUCUCUGCCGCCGUCGUCGGACUCAUCUCUGCUGGCUUCCAGCUCAUGGACGGCGUCGGCGGUCUGACCGGCUUCCGCUGGAUGUUUCUUCUCUACGGCCUCGUCACCAUCGUCGUCGGCGUUGUGCUCUUAUGGUGGCUGCCCGACAAGCCUCUGCCUCCCGGCGAGGUGAGGGAGCGCUCCGGCCUCAUGAAGUUCCUCCCCGCCGUCCCUGAGGCCCUAACCGGCGAGGACGCCGUCAUUCACUAUCACGAACUGCGCCGCGUCUACCACAUGAAGCACUGGACUCUCAAAGAUCUCACCUAUGUACUCUUGGACUGGCGCCUGUGGCCUCUGUUGUUCAUGUAUUUCGGCGUCGUAGGCGUUGGAAUCGGUACUCAGCUGUACGGAGGCAUCAUCAUCGGCUCCAUUAACCCCAACUUUACCGGUAUCCAGAUCAGCCUUCUCUUCGCCCCCAUCUGGAUCAUGGACCUGAUCGCCAUCCUCAUCUUCACCCCGCUAUCCGACCGCUUCCACUCGCGCCGCGCCAUCCUCUUCUCCAUCGCCGUCUGCAUCCAAAUCACGGGCCUCCUGACCACCACCUUUGCCCUCAAGAACUCGUGGGCCCGCUACGGUGGUCUUCUCAUGGUCGGCUUCGGUCUCGGCCCUACCGUCCCAAUCUGCAUGGCCUGGACCAACGAAAUCUUCCAGGGUCGCCACGGCGAGGUCGGCGUCGCCGCCGCCACCGCCCUCGUCUCCGGUCUCGGCAACUUGGGCAGCAUCGUCACUACUUAUGCCCUGUACACGGGCUGGGCGGCCGACAGCGCUCCUGGCCCCCACCGGUUCCGCAAGAGUAACCUCGUCAUGAUUGGGAUCCUCUGCAUCAGCCUGCUAAGCAGCCUCGUCAAUAUGGUCCUCUUGAGGAUCUUUGGCACGAAGCGCAGCCGGCACGGAGCUGCCGGAGACGACUCGGCCAGCUCCUUUGACGACGGUGCCGCCAAGAGGGAAGUCGAGGAGCGUGGCCUAGCGGGCUGCCUCCUGGCUCAAGAGAUAAACCGAAAACAUGCUGUCCCACAUGGCCAAACCUGCCAUCAGGUUUUCGAACCCCUGCCUCCCGGAGGACUUUUAUCUCUUUUGGGAUGA